AUUCCGAAAAUACCCCCAAAUUCUAUUAUAGCACAAAAGAUAAGGCAACCAAAGGACAUUGAGCAAUAUUCCCUUAUCUUCCAAUCGAAAUUCUCAAGCUUUCAUCAAUGGAGGCUACUUUCUUCACCUUACCCUCUUCAAACUCUCACUCCUACCCUUUCUCUCUCAAAUCCCACUUCAACAACCCCCUCACCCUCCCCACCCACCCCCAUUUCAAACCCAAGUCCAAAAAUUUAACCAUUCGUUCAGCUAUUAGCCGAACCAAGAAAGAAGAAACAGUCGAAACUGUAAAACAACAGCUCGAAGAUUGUUACCUUUUAGCUGGAAUCAGUUACAAAGGCUUAACAGUCAAACAAUUUCAAGAACUGAGAUCUCAACUUCCUGAUACUACAAAACUUCUCGUCGCUAAAAACACUUUAGUACUUAAAGCAAUUGAAGGGACAAAAUGGGAAGCGUUAAAGCCGUGUAUGAAAGGAAUGAAUGCGUGGCUAUUUGUACACAGUGAGGAAAUUCCAGCUGCUUUAAAACCUUAUAGAACAUUCCAGAAGGAAAAGAAAUUAGAGGAUAAUGAUUUUACUGGUGCUGUUUUUGAAGGAAAGUUUUAUGGACCUGAGGAAUUUAAGGCACUUGAGACUUUACCUACUCGGGCUGAGAUUUAUUCACAGCUUCUUGGGUCUUUGAAAGGACCGGCUUCAGCUGUUGUUGGAACUAUUCAAGCUCCAGCUAGGAAUUUGGUUAUGGUGCUUAAGGCCUAUGUUAAGAAAUUGGAGGAAGAAGGUGGAAAUCAAUAGUUUCGUUGUAAUUUCUUGGAUAUGGUAUGUUUGAUGUUAUGUUAAUUUCAUUCAAAUUUUGAAAUUUUGUUUGGACAUGGAAUUUUGUAAAUUUGAUAUUUGGUAGAUUGGUAAUUGAUUACUGCAAUUUCUUCUGA